AUGAACAAACAAUAUGCCACCAUCAAGUUCACUUAUGAAUAUGAAAACAACCAACAACUGCCAUUCUUGGACAUCCUAAUCACCAGAAAAGACAACAAAUUGGAAUAUGACAUCUACAGGAAGCCUACUCACACGAACAACUACAUUCCUGCUGACUCUUACCAGCCCUGGAGCCAAAAACUGGCUGCUUUUAACAGCAUGGUCCAUAGAUGUUGUGCACUACCCUUGAGCCCAGGAAAUAGGAAGAGAGAAUUUGACCACGUUAAAAGAGUAGUCAACAAUCUGGGUUACAAGACUAAAACCAUAGACACCCUCAUCAAAAACCAUAUAAGCAAACAAAGAUUGAAAGAGAUCACCACAUUCCAAAGAGAUAAACCAGACAAUAGAAGAAUCAAGUUGACCCACUACCCUGUCAUAACCAACAAACUUUGUCAGAUCUUCAGGAAAAAUUAUUUAGAACCUGUCACAACUAAUCAACAUAAACUGAAAACGCUACUGGGAAGCCUCAAGGACAAGGACCCGAAAACUGACCAAUCAGGAAUUUAUAAGAUCACAUGCUCUGGCUGUGACAAACUUUACAUAGGACAGACUAGGAGAAACAUCAUAACUGGAUACAAGGAACAUAUUCACAAAGCUAGAUACAAUAUUGAAGGAAAAUCAGCAAUAGGAGACCAUAUUAUAGCAACUGGACACACAAUAACUGAACUCAACUUGACCCAAGAAAAACCAGUUGCCAGAAUAUCAGAACUACCAAUUAGGGAAGCAAUAGCCAUGCACAAAAAUAAUAGAGAAAAACUCCUCAAUGAUGACUGGGACCUUUGGACAUUGACCUACACAAAUGCCUACAUGGAACCAGUCACAUUCACACUCAAACAAACAGACACACCCAUCCUGGUAGUGACCACACCCAAGUUUUAG